AGCCGCGCUCCGUUGGUCACCGCGCGUUGAGAAAGAACUCGAGACCAGGGCCGCCAACACGGACCGCUGCCCAGAAGCAGACUACAAGUUCAAGACAGCCGAGGAGAUGGAGGUGGCCGCUCUGAGCCACUUCUUCGGAGACUCCUGCCGCCCUGGAGCCUGGAGCGCCAACGCUACCGUUGACGCCGAACUUAAGCGUCGGUUCCCCUCCCUCUGCGCACUCUGCGGCCCAAACUCCUCAUGUGACUACACCAUCGACAUGGGCAUCACUGUUGCUGGAAUCAACAACAACAACGCUCACGUGAAAGCCCUGGAGUGUCUCAGGACUAGUGGUGAUGUCGCUUAUGUGGCGUGGCAGCAUGUUCGCGAGUUCUUCACAGUUCGCAACAAUGACAUCAUUGGUAACUUCUCCCUCCUCUGCCCCAACGGUACCCUGUUAGCCCUCAACACCACAGUCCUGGCAGACACCAACGCGCCCUGUGCUUUCGUCUCGCAACACUGGAGCGCCAUCGUUGCUACUUCUGCCCGAGCCAACGAGCUCCAGACCAACCUCCGCACCUGGUGGCCGGCAGGCAGCAACCCCUCGGACAACUCCUGGAGGUCCACGCUCUACUCAGUUCUGGUGCCGCAGUCCUCAACCGCGCAAGUCACCAUGGAGGAUACUCUGCUGUCACCCGCCAACUUUACUCAGACUAGCCGCCCGCUAACUAGCAUCGACAGCGCAACAUCCUGCGUGCCUCCUCGCGUGUGGUGCACCGUCACAGCUCAGGAGCUAGCCAAGUGCAGCUGGGUGCGAGCGGCCGCUUACAGCCUGGGGAUCAAGCCAUCUAUCUCAUGCGUGCAACGUUCCGACACCUUCCAAUGCCUGCGAGAUGUUCAAGACCGCAACGUUGAUUUUAUAGCCACUGCUUCCAACUAUGGAUACCUCGCUAGACAACACUUCAGCCUAACACCAGUGAAGCUCGUUCAGAACCUGCACUCCGACCCCAACUCUUUCUCACGAGUGGUAGCUUUAGUGAGAAACAACUCGGACAUCACCCGCUUCGAGAACCUUCGCGGCAGGAAGGCCUGCUUCCCCGAAUAUGGAGGCAUCUCCUACGUGGCGUUCGUGCGCACUGCGCAAGUGCUCGGCGUGCUGGACGACAAAGAAUGCGACUACGCCAAGGCUGUGGGGGAAUUCUUCGAGGGCGCCUGCGCCCCCGGCGCCCAGGAUGCCUCGCACGCCCUAGGCCAGUCGACCUACAACGUUACAAAUCUCUGCACUCUUUGCAAGGCUCCUAACGCCGCUAGCAACUUUACAUGCGGUUGGGACCACUCUAACAACCUGUACUUUGGCAACAACGGCUCGUUGUCUUGCUUGGCUAACAACGACGCGGACGUCAUCUUCGUGGAUACCACCAAUAUUACUGAUUACCUGGCCGCACUGAACCUGCAAGGCUCCCAGUUCCGCGCGCUCUGCAGUAACAAUACCUUGGCCCUCCAGAACGGAGUCAAUGUGGAUGAUAACUGCUUGCUGGCUUAUGUUGUGGACUCCGAGGUUUUGACUAGAAGGGCUACUCUUAAACGCCCUGCGCGGCCGAUGAAGCCCACAAACCACACACAUAUCACGCACCCACCGCCACUGAGGCCAGUCUUUGUACAAGACGAAGCCUACAACAGUAUCAGCGCUCUCCUUGACACCCUUGAAAAGUACUUCGGCUACGCCGCCUCAUCAGGCACCCAGCAUGUCAACAUGGAGAUCUUCUCCAGCUUCGAUGGCACCCGCGACUUGCUCUUCAAGAACACCGCUGUUGGCUUCUCAGAACCCACCAGAGCUACUACUAACCAGCCUGCUAAGAACUACAUUGAGCUGUUCAGCCAUUUGCAAGCCUGUACUGGUGCUGGCAGCAACAUUCCGGUCCCUGGAUUGGCUAACAGGAGUUUCUAUUCCAUUUUGACUCUGGUUUUGUCUGCGCUGCUUACGCGUUUCAUUGUUUAUUAAGCUGUCAGGUCAGUUAGUCUAUAAGGGGUUAUUGCAACUAUUUUUGUCGGCCCUCUGAUGAGAGGGACAGAGUUUAUGUUGUUUCCCUGUCCCUCUCAGCAGCAGGAUAGAAGAAAGUGUCUGAGGAAAGGAUAGGUAAUAAUCCCAAUAAUAGUCUA